AUGGCUGCCUCUACUGCUGCUCAAGUACAACUUUCUGAAGAGGCUCUAGGCCUGGCACGAAUUUUUGAGAACCCGAAAGGAUCACUGGAGGCAGCAAGCAAGCUUCUUCAAAAGAACCACGAUGAGUUUCACGUGUUCUGGCGAGACGUGGGCGGACACAACCAUAUCCCGCACUCUGUCUUGUCAAUUCUAGCACUCGGCGGCGGGCCAGCUGAGCUUCAACGUGCCUGGGAUGACGGUGUAGCCAUCCAACGUCCUACUCCUCCCCUCGACGAGGAUGUGGUCAAGAAGCUCGAGAACCCGGCCGAGUUUCGCGCCAGGAUCGGGAGCAUUCCCAACUACACCAAUUUCCUGCACUUUUUCAGGAACCAGAUGGACAAAAAGGGCUGGCAGGCCGUCGUGUCCGAGUAUGCCUUUAGUCGGACACCGCUUGCCGAGACCAUCUUUGCGCAGCUCUUUGAGGGCGCAUAUCACCCCUUUAUCCACAUUGGUUUCGGGAUCGAGUUCAACCUGCCCAGCAUCAUUGCCGAGGGUCUGGCACAAGCCGCGACUCACGACUCGGCAGGAAUCGAGGGCUUCUUCCUUGAAGCCGAACGACAAGCCGCGCAGUCAAAAGGGCCAGGAAAGUCGCUCGUUCAGCUUCUAGACGAGGUCCGGACGACGGAGAAGAUCAAGACGGCGGCCCGUCUGCCGGAUGGGCCGGUACGGGUUCGCGACGGCGUGAUUGGCCGGGCCGGGGCGGAAAUUGCAGCUCUUGCCUCGCAGUUCCGCGUUCCGGCUGACCAACUCAGUCGCGGUGCCGCCGAGAGCAUCAACAUUAGCGCGUACACGGCUGGCGCAGCCCAGCGCGCCGGCAAAGCACGCAAGAUUGACUUUUUCCACAUGCACAACACGACAAGUUCCCUCUUUCUGACCGUGUUUCUCAACCAGCCCUGGAUCAGCACUGAAGAUAAAGUGCGCAUCGUAGAGUGGAAGGGCCGCCUCGAUCUUGUGUGGUACGCAGCCUGCUCGGCCCCGGACCUCAACGUUGAUCAUGUCAUUGGAUACAAGCCCGCUCAGAGCGCUGGUUGGGGUUGGAAGGAGCUAUACGAGGCCAUUAAUGUCGCGCACGACGACGGGCACCUAGCCAAGAUUGUGCGGGCGUUGAAGAAUGGUGAGGAGGUGUCCCGACCGUUUGAGAGCGGCGAGGGCGCCGAGGCGUUUCCCAUCAAGGGAGACUCCUGGCUCAAGCUUGCCCAGAUGUCCUAUGACACGACUCUAGACUUGCCCGACGACGAUAAAUGGAUUUGGGGGGCAGGAUUUUUGCCUCUGUGGAACAAGGUUCCAAGCCUGUAA